AGUCUGAAUUGGGCUGUCUUUGAGGUACUGGGAGGACUGUUUCAAGUGUUCGAAAUCUGCAUGUUAUUUAAAACACUGUGUUGUACUGUUAUUAAGAGAAAAGGCCACAAUGUCGAUCACAGGUCACUCAGCCUCUCUGGCACUGCUGAUAGCAUGUGCUUUUAGUGUUGCAGAUGCAAUUCGAGCUUUGAAAGAUGGACCCAUGAUCGAUGCUGAGGGAAGGGAAUAUAAAUCUGCACCAUUAAGAGCUGAUGCUGAAAACAUCAGUGGAACAAAAAUCCCUGACAGAUCCCCUGUCAGUCUACACUGCACAGAAGCAUCCAUGAUCAUUAUGGUGAAGCCUGACCUGUAUAAAAAUGGACGCUUUUUGUCUGCUGCAGAGAUUUUUUUGGGAGAAGUUGAGCAUUCACAGAACAGUCUGUGCCGAGCUUUUACUGCUGGUGACUCUGAAUACAUCAUUGAAGCUGGACUGCAAGACUGUGGAUCCAAAUUAACUAUAUCUGAGGACUCUGUGAUUUACUCAAACAAGCUGAGAAUUUCACCUGCUGCCCAUUACCACGGCAUUACAAGGGUGACUCAGGCUGAAGUUCCUGUUUCCUGUCACUACAAAAGGACACACUUUGUGAGCAGUAGCCCUCAUCAGACACCCAUGACCCUCUCCACUCCUGCAGAGCAUUCAGCAGCUGCUUUCACUUUAAAGCUGAUGACCGAUGACUGGACAAGUGAGAGGCUCUCUACUGUCUUCUAUCUUGGAGACCUCCUGCACCUCGAGGCAUCUUACACUGGUCCUGAUUCAGGACAAAAACGUCUUUUUAUCGACAGCUGUGUUGCCACUCUGUCACCUGAUGCUUCAUCAGUCCCAAGAUACAACUUCAUCGAAAACUAUGGAUGCUUCACAGAUGCAAAAGAGGAAGGAUCAAAGGCGCUGUUCCAACCCAGGAAGAGAGCAUCUUCACUUCAACUUCAGCUUGAUACUUUCCUGUUUCACCAGGAUUCGAGGAACUCAUUAUUUAUCACUUGCGAGCUGAAAGCGACCGAUGAAAUGUGGAAGAGAAGCCCCACCGACAAGGCCUGCAAUUAUGUACAUUCAAGAUGGAUAAAUGUGGAUGGCAGUGAUGUCUGUCGAUGUUGUGACAGUUCCUGUUCAAAAGGUUCUCCUUACGAUAACAUAAGCCUGAGACAUCUGAUCCCUAAAGGUAUCAUGGCAUGUGGAACUGUAACUCUUGGCCCUUUACUGAUUUACCCCGGCAAAUAGGCAAAGAAAGUAAAAUUUGGACAAUUAACAGCCAAUACUUCAAGGUUGUCCCUAUAAUUUUCUUGGCAUGGUGAUAUUAAAAUCAUCCUGAAUAAAGAGUCAGUGCUUAAA